AGCAAGUGGUGCGUUGUUUCUUGGUCGUUAAUUAACUUGUGCUCGUUUAUUUUGUUUUGCGCAGUCAAGUGUCUGGCAAAUUCGUUUGAGUCCGUGCGCUUCGGGGUGUCGAGUCCUCGGAUGCCGCGGAGUCGGCCGAGUCUGGAGCUCCCGUUCUUGGACGUUUCCUCGUCCUCGCAGUUCGGAGUCAACGACACCCUGUUCGGAGUCAGCGACACUCCGUUCCCGUGCCAGCAGUGCGGGCGCCAGUACAAGCGUCCUCAGGCGCUCCGAGCCCACAUCCGGAAGGAGUGCGGCAAGGAGCGCAAGUUCCAGUGCCACCUCUGUUCCUACAAAGCUCUCCUCAAGCACCACCUAACCAACCACCUCCUCCUCGUCCAUAAAAUCGAUGCCAGAAGGAAGUCCAUCUCAUGCGCCUGAUUCUUGCCCUAGGGAGGCCCCGAAUGGUGGACCCCAUCGGCGGAUCCAGCAAGUUGGCAACACUAUUUUUCUCCAUUUAAUUCUUUGGAAAUUUAUCGAUUCUUGGAGGGGCCAAGUGCUCCGACAAGAAUCGAUUAUUUCACAUAGGUUUAAAUGGAGGGAAUCCGGUGUUGCCAAAUUGCUGGAUCCGCCUCUGAUCGACCCAAAAAUCGCUUGGGUCCCUGCAAGCCGUCGCACAGUGGAUUGAGUCAGUAGGAGAGGUCGGACAUGAAAUUUUUGACUAAAACUGCAGAUUUUGAUGUUUAUUUCUUGGCAUUUUAAAUGUUCUGGGAUGCCGCGAGAAGAAAUUUUCAUUAGGAAACCAAUGGAACCACUUUUAGAACCUCAAAGUUUUGUUUAAACGGAGUUAUCAGCGUUUAAAGUUUCCAAAUUUUGUCCGACCUCUCCUAUGGACUCGAUCCACUGUGCGUCGUCUGACUAACUCGGCUAUCUUAGAACUGUGCAUGGGGAUUUUUGAUAGGAACACAUUUUUACAGUAUCCGUCUGUUUCGUAGUAUAGCAAAAAAAUGUGCUUUGGGGCAGUCCCUAAAAUACGUAACGUACUUUUUUAGUAUUUUUGACCCCCUUCCCCCCUUGUAACGCUUUUGUGACGUAGGCCCCUAUCCGUUAAUACGUAAAAUCAAAAUAGCGUUAGGUUCUCCUCGACCCCCCCCCUCUCCAUCUCGAGAGUUACGUAAUUUAGGGACCCCCAUCCACUGAUAAAGAAAUCGCAGUUUAUCCAACAGACUAUAUGGUGCCAUUAUUAUCCCUUGAUACUGUGGAAAUUUUAUCAAUUCAACUAACAUUUUUGUUGACUGAUCACAGCAAUCUAAAUGACGGAACGCUAUCCCCGAGAAGAAAUCCCAAAUGGUUUAUACACAAUGUCUGGAAGUGCUAAACAUUUAAUUUUUUGCCAUAUUUUUCAAAUUGUAGACAGUGGACGUGCAGAAAAAUUAUCUACGUAUACUAGAGAAGCAGCUGAGCAAAGUCGGACCCAAAGAUUCAGCUCACGUGUGCAAAUUUUUCUCCUCCUCAGAAUCCCUGAAAAAGAACUCUUCAUCCUAAAUCAAAACAUGUUACUAGUCGAUUUUCAAAAUAGGACAGUAUUAGUUCUCUCACUCUGAGUUCCUGCCUCUAACGAGAAGCAAUAAUGUUAACAAGACUAGAAUGGUGUUAGGGUGUUACUCUGAUCCUUAGUUCCCUAUUGGACGUUUUGAAUGGCUCAGUUUUCUUUCAAAGAAUCAAAUAUGAGACGAAAUCAGACAGCAUAAACACAGUAACACUGAUUCCGGUCAAAUAUGUUCAACAAUGCAAGCCCUUCGUCUAGAAUUUGCUAUCGGAGCACACUUUUCCCAGCAGGAAAAAUUUCUGCAAAUAAUUUCAAAAUAUUUUUGACAAAUCUUCGAUUUUUCGUCUUUUUAUCAAACAACUGAAUGCUCCGAAACAUUUUCGUUGAGUUUUUCCCUUUCUUUUCCUUGUUAUUUGUUGGUGAUAAGUUACUUUUACCCACGUAUACUACAGUAAGUCGAUUGUUGUGUCAAUGGAAUCCUGUGAUACUUUUUAACUUAAGUUUCUAACGUCAAAAAAAUGAACCUCACUAUUUCCGUAAGAAUUUCAGUUAAAAUGAUUUCGAGAGGUUCAGCCUCCUUUAAAGAUUGCAAAA